AUGUCGCUCACUUCGGCAGUUCACGACUCCCUUCCGUAUAUCGACCCCGAGCCAACUCCACAGCAACGCGCAGCUGCUCAAGCCCUCAUUGACCUCGAGCUCCAACCCACGUCCAGCGAGUCAACUCACCCCCGCCUGCCUCCCCUUCUGCCAUCCAAUAUUUCUCCCUUGAUGCUCGCCGAGCAUGACCGCAUUGCUUCAAAAAAGGCACUAAAUACAAUUGAUACCAAACGCUACGAAGAACUCGAUGCGCCCGAAGUCAAUGGCAAUGACGCUGCAAGUUUGGCGGUAUGGAGUGGAGCGCUCACGAAGGCAUAUACUACGCAGACAUACCUUUCUUCGCGACUGGCCAACCUCGCUCUUCUGGAGAAUUAUGGAAAGAACAGUUGGCUGAUCAGUAAUGCACAAUUGGAGGACAUCUUGAGAGGGCUGGAGAAAGAAUUGGCGAUGACAAAAAGCGAGAUAGACGAUGUUGUGAUUGCACGGAAAAAUGCGCAGGAGGCAGUGGGACCGGAGAUCAGGGGAUUGGAAGAAGGCUGGAGGAAAACUGUUGGGAGGGUCCUCGAGGUCGAGGUUGCAGCAGAAGCGGUGCGGAGAGAUAUUCUCGAACGAAGGAGGAGGGGUGCACGGUGA